AUCCACCCGAGUCGGACGAGCAGCCAUCUUGGGAGACCAUCUCCUUUGGAUUUCCGCAAAAAUGGAGCCUGGUGCAGACCUUAUAUUCUGAUUCUCCCGCAGAGUCUUUUCCUUUCUUUCGUGAUUUCCUUUGCUGUUUUCUUGCUAGGUACUUUUUUUCCAAAUCAAGCAUUGCUUCUUUCCUCUAAGAUACCCUUUUAUUUUCCUUAAUCAUAAAACAAUCCAACAUGUGUCAAUCUUCCUGGCAUGAUUUCCUCCUUGGCCUUCCCAAGUGCGAGCACCACGUGCACUUGGAAGGCUGCCUCACCCCCGAGCUGAUCUUCCAACUGGCUGAGAAGAACCAAGUCCAGCUGCCUGAUCCCAAGUCUGAACCCGCCUACGAGUCUAUCGAGACUUUGACUAGCAGAUAUGGCCACUUCAGCUCCCUGGACGAUUUCCUCCACUUCUACUUCAUCGGCAUGUCCGUGCUCAUCCAGGAAUCCGAUUUCGCCGACCUGGCCUGGGCCUACUUCAAGAAGGCUCACGCGGACGGCGUGCACCAUGCCGAGGUCUUCUUCGACCCUCAGGUUCACCAGGACCGUGGCAUUCCCUACGAGACCAUCGUGGCUGGCUUCGUCGCCGGCUGCAAGCGCGCCGAGCAGGAACUCGGUCUUUCUACCCGCCUCAUCCUGUGCUUCGUUCGUCACCUCCCCGUUGAGUCUGCGAAGAAGACCUACCAGAACAUCCUCGACAACAACCACUUUGAGACGGAGGUGAUCCACGGCCUCGGCUACUCUUCCUCCGAGGUCGGCCCUCCCAAGGACAUGUUCCGUGAGAUCUACCUGUCCGCAUCGGCCAAGGGCGUUCGUCUCACCGCCCACGCCGGUGAGGAGGGUGAUCCUACCUAUAUCACCGCUGCCCUCGAGAUGGGCGCGACGCGCAUCGACCAUGGUAUCCGGCUUGUCGAGGACCCGGCCCUCUUGGAGCGUGUGGCUCGCGAGAACAUCCUCUUGACCGUCUGCCCUCUGUCGAACGUUCAGCUCAAGUGCGUGAAGACGGUGGCGGAGGUGCCCAUCCGCAAGUUCCUGGAUGCCGGCGUCAAGUUCUCUCUCAACAGCGAUGACCCGGCUUACUUCGGUGGUUACAUCCUGGACAACUACUGCGCGGUCCACGAGGCGUUCAACCUGACUGUGAAUGAGUGGAAGACGAUUGCUGUCAACAGUGUCACCGAGAGCUGGAUUGGUGAGGACCGCAAGCAGGAACUGCUGCAGCGGAUCGAUGCCCACGUCGAGAAGUUCGCUACUCUGGCUUAGAGUAUAAAUGUCUGUAGACUAGAAUUUAGAUAGAUUCGGUACAUGUAAUGAGAUGAUGAUGC